AUGGAGCCCAACCAAUCCGCGGGUUCUGCUCCUGGCUUUUGGAGAUAUCUGAUCAAUCCCGAUAAAAGUGCAACCCUUCAGUUCGAGCAGCUGUGUUGGGGCAUUGCCAAAGUCAUAGCGACUCUAGAGCCCGGACCUGACAAUGAACUCACUCCAUCCCGUCUAGCGACAUUCUACAGAACUGUAGGCGGCAACUAUGACUCGCUCUUCCUCAAAUCCUCUGACCACGCCCUCUCCUUCAUGUACCAAACUCUCGGCUGCUUUCACUCGCUGCAGCCAACCCCGAGUCCCUUCGAGACACCCCGAAUUCCGUGCCUGACGCCGGCUGGAUUUGCUCGCUGGCAAACGAUCCAGUUGCUGCUCUGCCCGGAGGAAAAUGUGUCGUUUAUUCAAAAAGCGGUUCAGCUAUGGAAUGUCCCGAUGCACAAUGGUGGAACCUAUCCAAAAUACAUUCCCAAGGACGUUUUCCCAACUCGGCCGGAUGAGGAGAUGGAGAGAUGGCACAAACUGGUGACUGGCAAACUGAACCAGCAGAACUACAACAUGCGGCGCAUAAAGAACUCUCCUUACCAGUCCCCACAUCUCGAAGCCUAUGACCGACGAGAAGGCUAUUUCUCUGGCACGCAACCAGGGCGACCCACGAGGCCGUCGCGGAGCAGCUCUCGCGACGAUCAAGAUCAUAUGACGGAUAUCCAUCGCCGACGGAGUAGUGUUCCAGAUUUCCCUUCCCCGUCGGGAGAAAGAGGAUCGCCGUGGGAUCCUCGAAAUCAGUAUGAGGCACGGAAGACUCGCAGCCAUUCGGCUCAAAGACCCUCUCCAAAACCUUCACCGCGCCAGCGGUCGCAUACAACAACAGCUCCUCCCGGUCACCACAAAACCUCGUCGAACAGCCCGUCGAAUCGGAGACAGGCGACUGCGCCACCAGAGCAACCUGGACGACGACCCUCGUCCGGAUACAAUACCGCACCGUACCGUUCGCCCGCACGCAGUCCCUCGACUGUCGACGAAGAUACCGGCAGCGAGGGGAGUUCGGAGGCUUCACAGGCCGGCCGGCAUCAUCGUAGAUCCGACGAAGAUCGAAAGAGCCGUCGCUCUUCUUUAUGGGUACCCUCCUUUAUGAGGUCGUCGCACAAACGGCGUCAUUCUUCGGAUGCAGGUUACCGUGCACCGGGCCCUGCAUUCAAACCUUCACAGCCUUUGCGACCCGAGUACUACCCACCUCGUGCAAUCAAGUCCCCGCCUCAACCACCUCAACAACCCUAUGGGGGAGGUCGCCCACCACAGUGGCGGGAGACAGUGUGGGAUAACGACACCCCCAGCUCCACUCCCGCAACACCUAUUCCAGAGAACGCGCAAGCACAGUUCGACCCACGAGCGCCAUCAAUACGUUACCCGGACCAGACGAAUUUCGAACCUCUGACACGAGAAAGUAGCAGUGGAAGCGACCACAGGCACCGCUCCUCGGAUUGGGAGCGGAGCAAUGGGCAGAGGCGACCGGCUCAGCCAGUUCCAAGAAUCGCGACCGUAACCGGUGUGCAAGGGAGGAAAUACCCUACCACCGACCCGAUGAGUCCAAUUGAGCGACAGCGGAGUCAAAAUGCCCGUGGGAACUUUACUGCAAUGGCUUGA